GAGACCGGGGAGCGACCGGAGAGGACGGAGGCUGCCGGGUCACCGCUGCGGCACAACAUUGAGCUCUCCAGAAAACACCCAAAUCCAGCCAAGUUUUUGUUCAGAAUGCGUCCACAAGCCACCGACCGCGGAAACUAAUCUCAACCUUCUGACACAAAGCUUCGCUUUUUUUUUCUUUUUCAUUUUUCCUUAAUUCUUUCCUGGAGAGCUCUAACUACGCCUCGUCCUCCAACAUGAUGGGAUUGCUCCUCCUCGCUACGCUGUCCAGCUGCGUUCUGUCAUUGCCAGUGACUUCUAGUCAGCUGGAGAAUGAAGACGUAAAGGUGAUGAAAUGCAUCGUGGAGGUGUUGACUGAUGUGCUAUCAAGGCCGCGUCUCAUGCCUGUCAGUCAGGAGUGUUUAGUCACAUUGAAGACAGAUGACAGACUCUUUAAAAUCCUUCGUCAUCGCAAGUUUCUGACGGAGCUGCAGGAGAUGGCAGUUCAAGGGGAUCAUGAGAGAGCUCAGCUGCAGAGAGACAUCGGCGUGCCCACCUCCAUGACACAAGCUCCUCGCUCUGCAGAUAUCAUCGCCGAUCGAUCCAUGCUGGAGGCUUUGGGAGGCCCCGGUGAGAGAUCCAUCCUGUCCCAGGAGAAGAGGACGGGGAAUGGAGACGGGAAAGAGGAAGGCAGCGAUAGCACUGAAGGUCUCGACAAUGAGGCUGGAGAAGCGAACAGAGGAAAUGGCCAGAGCCCAGGAAGUCACGCUUCCGAGUCUGGAGAAAACUGGAACAAGGCCAAGGCUGAACAGAGAGAGGAAGAAGAGGGAGAAGGUGCGUCGGAGGAGAAGCGAGCAAAUUCAGAGGAGUCGGAGGAGGGACGAUUCAUGAAAGGUGGUGAAUCUGAGGAGAAGAGAGAUGCACACCAGAAUAAGAAAGCGAAGAAGUCCGGCGGAGAGGGCGACGACGAGGAAGACAUAAAAUCUGCACUUCUCUCGCACAAGCACGAGAACAGAGAGCAGGGAGAGCAGGAGGCGAAGAGAGGGAGCAGGGAGAGCCUGAAGCACUGGACCAAGAGAGCCAAGUCUUUGUCCCUGAAGAGGAAAGCAGCGGGGAAGGAGGCGCAGCAGGAGGUGCCUCACCAUUCCAAAGAAAUCAUGGAGGAGGAAGAGGGGGAGGAAAAAAGAGACAUUCAGAGGAGUCCGGAGGAGAAGGAGCUUCAGAUGAUUGCUCGACGGACACCAGAGGAGAGGAGGGUGCUGGAGGAAGAGGGGAGCGCCAGCAGGAAGUCGGAGGAGCCUGAGAUCGAGAGCCUGGCAGCCAUCGAGUCGGAGCUGGAAAAUGUUGCCCAGAAACUCCAUGACCUGCGGCGAGGCUGAUAGAGAGACAGAGAGACAGAGAGAGGGAGAGAGAGAGAGAGAGAGAGAGAGAGAGAGAGAGAGAGAGAGAGAGAGAGAGAGAGAGAGAG